AAAAACCCUAAUUCUCCUCCAGAGAAGAGAACCUCUCUCGCCGACACCGAUUGAGUUUUGUGGAACUGAGCGAUGACUACGUUAUCACAGAACGCUCCAACGAGCAAACCUAGAAGAGAAGAGACCGAAGAUGACGACGUUAGGGCAAAGAGAAGGAAGAUGGAGGAGGAGAAGCAACGAGCUUCGGAGCAGGUCGAAAUGAAAAAGCUUGAGAAUUUGUUGUUUGGGUCUCUUUACAACCCUGUUUCGUUUGGUGAGAAAGAAGGACACGUGGAAGCAGAUGAUGGGUCUGAUUUGUUUCGUGUAGACCGUUCUGCUGUGAGUCAGAGUCUAGUUUCUGAAGAUGAUGAUGAUGAAGGAGUUUCUGAUGAUGAGAGAGUUAUUAAGAAGGGAGGAGAAGCUGCUUGGGAAGAUGAAGAGGAGAAGGAGAUUAAUAUUAACAUAGCUGGUGUUAACCGUUUGAGGAAGCUGAGGAAAGAGGAGGGUGAAGGGUUGAUCUCUGGUUCUGAGUAUAUUGCUAGGCUGAGAGCUCAUCAUGCUAAGCUUAACCCUGGAACAGAUUGGGCUAGGACUGAUUCUCAGAUCAUUGAUAGAGACUCUUCAGAUGAUGAGGAACGUGAUGAUGAUGAUGAUGAUGUACUGAAAACAAAUGAAGAUCUUGUGGUGAAGUCUGGUGGUUCCAAGCUGUGUUCUGGUGUUCUUGAGUAUUCUAAACACGUGGAUGCUAAUAUAGCUGAUCCUUCAAACGGUCCUAUUAACUCUGUUCAGUUCCAUCAGAACGCUCAGCUGCUUCUCACUGCAGGGUUAGAUAGGAGGUUGAGGUUUUUCCAGAUUGAUGGGAAGAGGAACACUAAGAUACAGAGUAUUUAUCUAGAGGAUUGUCCUAUUCGGAAAGCUGCUUUCUUGCCUAAUGGCUCUCAGGUUAUUGUGUCAGGGAGGAGGAAGUUUUUUUACAGCUUUGAUUUGGAGCAUGCAAAGUUUGAUAAGAUUGGUCCAUUGGUUGGUAGAGAGGAGAAAAGCUUGGAGCGUUUUGAGGUGUCACAAGACUCUAAGACCAUAGCCUUCAUGGGUAACGAAGGUUAUAUAUUGCUUGUGUCCACAAAAACCAAAGAGCUUACGGGGACCUUGAAGAUGAACGGUUCUGUGAGGUCUUUAGCGUUCAGUGAUGAUGGGAAGCAGCUGCUGAGCUCAGGAGGGGACGGACAAGUCUACGUAUGGGAUCUGAGAACAAUGAAGUGUUUAUACAAAGGUGUGGAUGAAGGAAGCACUUGUGGAACUUCGCUUUGCAGUUCACCAAACGGAGCUUUGUUUGCCUCUGGGACAGAUAGUGGGAUUGUGAACAUUUACAAGAAAGCUGAGUUUUUAGGAGGUAAAAGAAAGCCGAUAAAGACAGUGGACAAUCUCACUUCCAAGAUUGAUUUCAUGAAGUUUAACCAUGAUGGUCAGAUUCUAGCUGUAAUCUCAAGGAUGAAUAAAAACAGUGUAAAGCUGGUCCAUGUUCCGUCUCUAACCGUCUUCUCAAACUGGCCACCGCCAAAGAGUACGAUGCAUUACCCUCGCUGCUUGGACUUCAGCCCCGGAAGUGGCUUCAUGGCUAUGGGUAACGCUCAAGGAAAAGUUUUGCUUUACAAACUGAAUCAUUACAUGAAUGCUUGAAGUGUCUGUCCUUGGCGAGGGCAGUUUUUGAGAAUGUUGUGUGUUCUUGCGUUGUCUCAUUUUCACUUCUGUUAUCAGUUAUAUCGUUUUAACAUUUUUCCAUCAAUGGAAUAUUUUCUUUUAUGAUAAUUGGUACCUGAGUGGGGCAAUUCAAUAUCGAUACUGUUUUAGUAUCUAAAGUAAAUGCAAGAGAAGAUGAAUAUGUCGAUUCUCAUAAG